AUGAAGAUGGGCCUCUUCAAAGGUUUGCAAAUAGGCCUGGACCUUGGAAGUGGCCUAAACUUCAAGAAGAAAACAGAAAUCAGGAAAAAGAUUGUAGAAAAUGGUGGUAUCAUCAGCUACAUUGUCACCAAAAAAUGUCAUAUUGUUGUCACAAGUGAUCCAGAAAAGUGUGAUGUGUCGUCAAAGAGCCGGAUGGCUGUCAAAUAUGGAUUACCUGUAUUACGGCUAGACUAUAUUUGGGAUAGCUUAGAUGCAGAUAAGCUGUUGCCAUACGACUCGUAUAUUGUUGGUGGAAAAAGCAAAGUUCUGGAUUUCAAAUCUGGAAAAAUUUCAGCUGUUACACACUGGGAAAAGCCAAAAAAAUACAGUUCAAAAACUGCUUUUAAUCCGAGAACUGUAAAAAUCUGGAAAGCUGUUGACAUGAACCAACCAAGGUUUCAUGAAGAAAAUCAUGAAGUUGCCAAGUAUGCUGUAUUUAUGGGCUACAGUUCAAGCAUGAAAUGUCAGUACACAGCAGUUUUGGAGCUACACACAGCUUCAACUCCGUCUGGUUUGAAUAACAAAUCUGAGGUAGCUAUGGAAGACGUCAGCACAGAGAAUCUGUUUGCCUACAGAGUGAUUUGCCAAUCUGGCUGCCUUAAAGAUUUAGAGGCAGGCAAACCUGACCACUCUGAGGUUCGUUAUGUGUCCACUGCUGACCAGGCUCUGACCGUAUUUGCCAUGCUGUAUGAAGAUAUAGAAAAGAAAGGGGAGCUGACUAAGUGCAAACAUCCAGUUCGAGGUGUUGGAUCUCCAAAGCUUCAGAAGUUAAUUGCUGAGGUGGUUGAUGUGGAUAAUGACAUUAGUGAAGAAGUGAAAGAGCUGGUAGAUCAUGUGUGGAGAGAGGCCAUGGAUGAAGUCACAUCUGUGUUAGGAGAUAUCAAGAAAAUAAAGCUAGAACAGGUGGAAAAGGCUGAGGCUAUCCUGGUGAAAGUGCGUGAUGCACUGAAGGUUUCUUCUCCUGAAAAGAAAGUCCAGAUCCUAAUAGAAGACUUUUACUCAGCUUUACCUCAUGCGGAUAAAAAACCAAACAUGAAUGAAAUAAAAAGGUGGCUGUCAAAGAAACAGGAUAUGUGCCAGCUAAUCAAAGACAUGAUGGCAGUCAGUGAGAUGACUAACUAUGAAACAAGGGCAUGUAUUGAGGCCAAAUAUGCGGCCUUACGUUGCCGAAUCACACAACUUGGUGGGAAUCGAAAGCAGGAUAUUGUAAAUCUGAUACAAUCAUCUCUGGAAAGUCCUACUGAGAAUCUUGGUGUGCUCAAUGUCUUUGAGGUAUGGAGAUGGACUGAAGAUUUAGACUUUCGUCACGAUCUAGACAGAAAGGAACUUUUGUUUCACUCAUCAAAGGUGGAGAAUUUCGUGGGAAUUUUAUCCAGAGGGCUGCUCUUACCAAAGGUAAUUGUCGAUGACUUUGGUGGUCAGCGCUCGGAUGCUGGAAUGCUAGGAAGUGGGAUCUACUUUGCAAGUUCUGCCAGCAAAAGUAUGAGAUACUCAUCCCCAAGUAAAACUAAAGGGUCACGUCUGCUGCUGGUGAAUGAGGUUGCCCUUGGCUCCUGCAAGGACUUUAACAAACAUGACACCACACUAGUGGCUCCACCUGAGGGCUACAACAGCACACAUGGGGUCAGCAGGAAGUGGGAUAAGUCAUCAGAAUUCGAGAAUGAUGAAUUUGUUGUGUACUCUGUCAACCAGCAAAGAAUUCGCUACCUGGUAGAGUUCACCAUGCAUACGGACAUUGUGACACCUCUAAAGAGGGCUGACACAGUAGAUAGCAGCAACAUUUGUGAAAUUGUUGAAAAAACCAGCCUUAAUGAUGUGACUGGUAUUGCUGAUCCUAUGGCAAAGGUCAAGCCAGGGCUCAUUGGUACAGGAGGCAAAGAAGUGGAGUUACGAUGUGUGCAUGUCAGAGCCAAACUGGUUGAUUUGGCUGCUCAGGUAGUGGUUCUCCAGGAGUACUACAACAACAGCCACCAGGCCAUUGAAGCCAAGUACGUGUUCCCACUUGAUGAUGCUGCUGCUGUCUGUGGCUUUGAAGCUUUCAUCAAUGGUAAACACAUCAUUGGAGAAGUCAAGGAAAAAGAAGUGGCUCACAAAGAGUACAAGCAGGCCAUCAGUGAGGGUCACGGUGCUUACCUUAUGGACCAAGAUGAAGAAACCCCUGAUAUGUUCACUGUCAGUGUUGGAAACCUGCCACCACGUGCCUGUGUCCUUAUUAAAAUCACCUAUGUGGCAGAGCUGCAGAUUGAGGACGAGAAGAUUAGUUUUCUUCUUCCGGCUGCUGUUGCUCCUUGGAAAGAAGAGUCUGCACUUAAACUGUCCACCCAGGACGAAUUAGAGAGCUACAAAAUGAAUGCCACCAGAACAACUGUUCAGGUUGCUGUGGAGAUGCCUUUUGAUAUACGCAGUUUACAUUGUCCUUCUCACAAGAUUAGGGUCAAGCAAACAGCCUCAAAAGCUUAUGUAGAAAUGGUGGAUAAUCAGAAAUUUGGAGCAGGUUUCCAGCUUCUGAUUGGCUUGGCAGAGAUUCAUGUUCCACGUAUGUGGGUGGAGCGUCAUUCAAAAGAUAAAGAACACCAGGCCUGCAUGCUGACCUUUUACCCUGAGUUUCAAUCGUCAGAAGUUGAAGACGGGGAGAUUAUUCUCAUCUUGGAUGUGUCCAACUCAAUGAAGGGGACUUCACUCUUAGAAGCUAAGAAGGUGGCAUUACUUAUACUGCAGAAUCUUCCAACAGGCUGGAGUUUCAAUGUUAUCAGAUUUGGAUCAGAUUAUGAAGAAAUAUUUCCAGCACCAAAGAAAAACAUAGAGGAAAACCUACAACUUGCCAUUCAGUUUGUUCAGAAUUCCGUAGCAAACAAAGGCAAUACAGACAUCAUUCGACCACUGAGACCUCUGUUUUUGCUGGCACGUACUGAAAAACAAAGAAAUGUAUUCCUGAUCUCUGACGGUCAUGUCAAUGAUUCUGAGUUUGUUGUUCAGUGUGCUAAACAGAACUCCAGACACACUCGUCUUUUUUCAUUUGGUGUCAGCGACACCUGCAACAGUUACACCUUGAAAGCUGUGUCACGUGUGUCAGGAGGAGCUUUUGAAUAUUUCAACAGUAAAACCAAGUCGAAAUGGGAACCCAAGGUCAAAAGUCAAAUAAGCAAAGCUUGCCAACCAGGGUUGACUUCGGUGAAUGUGGAGUGGCAUCAGUACAAUGACGAUCAUCCAGCACCAGUCCAGGCUCCACAAGAGAUUACAGCUUUGUUCAGUGGAUCUCACCAGGUCGUGUAUGGAUUUGUGCCAGAUUGUACAAUGGCCACUUUAACAGCAGAGGUUGAUGGACAACAGGUGUCUACAGUAGUAUCCACUUCAGAACUCUCCAUAACUGAAGGUUUG